AUGGGGGAAACGUCAGCGUCGGAUGCGCGAGUCGAUGCGUUGACCGUAGCGGCAGCAGGAGCUGUUACCGCAGCAAACACUAGCGAAUCAGGGUUUGAGGGGCCUCAGGAGGCGGAGGGAUCGGUAGCGAUGGCUUCGCGAGUAGGUGAAUCGACCGUUGCGGCAGCAGGUGCUAGAGAAGAUAAUGCUGUGGCUGUCGAUGAGUCGACCGUUACAGCAGCAGGUGCCGUUGACGGUAAUGCUGCGGACGUUAGCAAUUCCGCAGCAAACGUUAACGAAUCGCGGUUUUACGGGGCUCAAGGCGAUGAAGAUAAUGUUGCGGCUGUCAGCAAUUUCGCAGCAGACACUAGCGAAUCAGGGUUCGAGGGACCUCAAGUCGAUGAGAUGACCGUUACAGCAGCAGGUGCGAGUGAGGAUAACGCUGCGCCUGUCGAUGAAUCGGCAAUUGCGGCAGCAGGUGAUAGGGACGGUAAUGCUUCUGGUAGAGAGUCAGCACCUGAUAAUGACGGUGCCACACUUGCACAAGCCGGUGCCACAGUGUUACAAGACGGUGCUGCAGUGUUACAAGACGAUGCUACAGUGUUACACGACCGUGCUACAGUGUUACACGACCGUGCUACAGUGUUACACGACCGUGCUACAGUGUUACAUGUCCACGUGCUCUCAACCAAGGAAGACGAUCUUCGGACGGAGCCCUUGCAGAAGGAACCGGAGCUGCCGCAGUCAGUUCAGGCAGAAGUGCCCCCUGCCGAACCAGCCCUUGCCGAACCAGCCCUUGCCGAACCAGCCCUUGCCGAACCAGCCCUCGCCGAAACAGCCAUCUCCAAACCAACCCUCGCCGAACCAGCCCUCGCCGAACCUGAACAGGAGGUACGGGUGCAGAGGGAGGGCGCGGGAGGGGAGCAAGAGCUGUCUGCAGGUUCGGCAGCGGAAGGCAGCAUGGAGAUGAGCGGAGGGGAAGCGGGCGCGGAAAGGGAGUGCGUGGGGCUGAGCGCAGGGGAAGCGGGUGCGGAAAGGGAGUGCGUGGGGCUGAGCGCAGGGGAAGCGGGUGCGGAAAGGGAGUGCGUGGGGCUGAGCGCAGGGGAAGCGGGUGCGGAAGGGAAAUGCGUUGGGCUGAGCGCAGGGGAAGCGGGCGUGGAGGAGGGCAGCAUGGGGUUGAGCGGAGGGAAAGCGGAAGCGGAAGGAGACUGUGUGAGGCCGAGCGGAGGGGAAGUGGGAGCGGAUGGGGAGUGUGUGGGGCUGAGCGGAGGGGAAGCAGGAGCACCAGCAGCGGCAGUAGCAGCAGCAGCGGCGGCAGUAGCAGACGUGGUAGAGCCGCCGCCGCAGGCAAAGGAAGCGGCAUCCGACGGGACGGGCCCGUCCCCCACUCCCACCAUCUCGUCUCUCCACCCCUCUUCCGCCGCCCUUGCGUCCCUCCCUCUGCCCCCCAUGCGCGCAAAGCCUUCCGCUUUUCCUUGCACCAGCGCUUCCGCAACGGGCUCAAGCGCAAAACCAGCCGCUCCGCCGAUUCUCCGCGGAGCCAGCGUGCGCCCGGUCAACCACCGCCGACCCACCUCCGCGUUUCCCAACUCCCCUUCCCUUCCGCCGAUGAUCCUUGCGCCUUCCCCAGCUGCGGAAUUGGCGCGGCAGUUCAGCGUUCUCUGUCCCGCUGCUGCUCCGCAUCCCUCGGCAAUCGACGGCGGAGAGAUUGGCGGACCGGGAAGUCGCCUGAAAAAACAAGAUCUCCCUCUCACUCACCUGCUAUCCUCGUUACAAGCUGCAUCAGUAUCCGCCACAGCAGUCACAGCGGGCAAUGUUGAGCUACCCCCGGGUUCAGCCCACCACAGGGCUUUAACUGAAGCAAUAGGUGUGGCGUCCACCAGUCAACACGCAGUGGCCGCACAAGCACGCCGGGCAAUACUGAGUCAGCUUAUAGGGGAGCUGGAGGCGAUCCAGCCAGGCACGACAGGGAAGGAGGGGCAGCCGCAGGAGGAGGAGGGGGCAGCAGGCAAGGCCGAGGGCGGAUUCAACAGGGGAAAUGAGGAGAGCACGUGCGUGGGUGUGACCUCACUGGAUGGUGAGAGCUCUGAUGAUGAUGAAGAUGAAGAUUUGGAGAAGAUGUUCACCUUUUCAGGGCCAGUUGGGGUGGAAAAACAGAGGGCGGAUGGGAGGUUGGCAGGGGAGUGCAAGGAGAUGGAGGUGGGUGCAGAGGUGGGGGGUGUGUGUAAGCAGAGAGUGAGGGGUGCGGGUGGGAGGGCAGUGCCAGGGCACAGGUGGCAGGCGUGGAGUGGUCAGCUGCUUGGGGGAGGAAAGAGGCUGUUUGGAAGGGUGCCGUCUGUGGUGCAGCGGGCACGAGGGGGGGGCGGAGGAGGAGGUGGAGGGGGUUGUGGGGGUGGGGGUGGGGGUGGGGGUGGGGGUGGGGGUGGCAAGGCGUCGUCUCACGUGUGGCCUGACGUGUACGGCUGUGCGGGGCUGAGCGUUGGUGUGGGAGAAGUGAAAGAUUCUGAGAAGUAG